AUGCAGUUUCAACUGACCUAUAUUUUGCACCUUGGGUUGCUCAGUUACAUGGAAGCUCAAGAUGAAUGCAACAGAGGUGCUUGUCGCCCCCCCACCAGCAAUCUCCUGGUGGGUUGCAGCGCGCAGCUCUCUGCUUCUACCUGUGGGCUGGGCGGGACCCAGAAAUACUGCAUCCUCAGUUACCUUGAGGGGGAACAAAAAUGCCUCAUCUGUGACUCCAGAUUUCCAUAUGAUCCGCACGCCCAACCCAACAGCCACACCACUGAGAAUGUAAUCCCAAGUUUUGAACCAGAUGGAGAAGAAAAAUGGUGGCAAUCAGAAAACAGUCUUGAUCAUGUCAGCAUCAGACUGGAUCUAGAGGCAUUAUUUCAGUUCAAUCAACUUAUUCUGACAUUUAAGACUUUUUGGCCUGCUGCAAUGUGAAUUGAAUGCUCCACAGACUAUGGACACACCUGGAGAGUGUUCAAAUAUUUUGCCAAAGACUGUGCUACUUCCUUCCCCAACAUCACAUCUGGCCAGGCCCACGGAGUGGGAGACCUUCUUUGUGACUCCAAAUAUUCAGAUACUGAACCCUCCACUGGUGGUGAGGUUGUUUAAAAAGUUUUGGGUCCCAGCUUUGAAAUAGAAAAUCCUUACAGCCCCUACGUCCAGGACCUUGUGACAUUAAGAAACCUGAGGAUGAACUUUACCAAACUCCAUAUCGUCGGGGAUACUUUGCUUGGAAGGACGCAAAAUGAUUCCCUUGAUAAAUACUACUAUGCUCUGUAUGAGAUGGUGGCAGGAAGCUGUUUUUGCAGUGGCCACGCUAGCUAAUGUGGCCCAACACAGAAGCUGAGCGGAGAAGUUUUCAGCCCUCCCGGAAUGGUUCAUGGUCGAUGCAUCUGUCAGCGCAGUACAGAUGGCCCGAACUGUGAGAGGUGCAAGGACUUCUUCCAGGACGUUCCCUGGAGGCUAGCCGUGGGCCCCCUGGACAGCACAUGCCGAGCUUGUCGCUGUAACGGACACUCUGACCGCUGUCACUUCGACAAGACCGUGUACCUGGCGAGCGGGAGUCGCAGAGGGUACGUGUGUGACGGCUGCCGGCACAACACCGAGGGCCAGCACUGUGAUCGCUUCAGACCCCUUUUCUACAGGGACCCCCUCAAGGCCAUCUCGGAUCCGUACGCGUGCAUUCCUUGUAAAUGUGACACUGAUGGGACCAUUUCGGGUGGCCUUUCUGUGAGCUGCUCUGAUCCUGACUUGGGGUCUUUGGCCGGCCAGUGCCUGUAAGGAGCCGAGUGCGACCGGUGCAAGACCAACCACUACGGACUGACUGUCACCGACCCCCUGGGCUGUCAGCCCUGUGACUGUAACCCCCUAAGGAUUAUGCCACUCUUGACCUGUGAUGUGGAAACAGGCCAAUGCCUGUGUCAGUCUCUUGCUACUGGACCACACUGUGAAGAAUGCACGGUUGGAUACUGGGGACUGGAAAAUCACCUCCACGGAUGUUCUCCCUGUCACAUUUCACUUGGACAUGCUUAUAGUCAUAGGUGCUCACCCGAGGAUGGGCAGUGUGAUUGUCGUCCACAUGUUCCAGGUCGCAGCUGCACUGAGCCAGCGCCCAGCUAUUUCUUUGCUCCUUUGAAUUUCUACGUCUACGAGGCAGCGGAAGCCACACCACUCCAGGGACUGGCUCCUUUGGCUCCUGAAACAUUGUGUUUAUUCCUCUCUGGCCAGCUGCCUGCUGUUUCUGUCGUUCUCCGAGGGCUAGUUCCUGGGGUGCCUGUUACGUGGAUGGGACCUGGAUUUGCCAGGGUUCUCGCUGGGCCCGGCUUGAGAUUUGCUGUGGGGAACAUCCCCAUUCCCAUGGAUUUUGCUGUUGCCAUUCGCUAUGAAGCUCAGUCUGCAGAUGACUGGACUGUCCAGAUGGUGGUUAACCUGGCCGGAGGGAGCGAUCACAGUGCACGCGAGACCCCACGGCCAAAGCCUCAGCCUUUACCAGCAGCUUCCAGAAUCAUGCUGCUUCCCACACCCAUCUGUUUAGAACCAGAUGUACAAUAUUCCAUAGAUGUCUAUUUUCCCCAGCCUUUGGAAGGAGAAUUCCAGGCUCAUUCACACAUUGAAUUGAUUCUAUAAGUUCAUCUUAUUCCCCAAAUCAACUCAUUGGAGAAUUUCUGCAGCAAGCAGGAUUUAGAUGAAUAUCGCCUGCACAACUGUGUUGAAAUUGCCUCGGUAAUGGGACCUCAGGUGCUCCCUGGAGCAUGUGAAAGGCUUAUAGCCAGUUUGUCUGCCAGGCUGCACAACGGGGCCAUGGCCUGCAACUGUCACCCACAGGGCUCAGUGGGACCCAACUGCAGCUGACUGGAAGGCCAGUGCCAGUGUAAGCCUCGUGUGACCGGCCGCUGCUGUGACACGUGCUCAACAGGAAGCUACAGUUUGGGGCAUCACGGCUGUCACUCAUGUCACUGCCACCCUCAAGGCUCACAGAACACUGUAACAGGACGAUGUGACCAAGUAACAGGACGGUGCCCCUGCCACGGAGAGGUAGCUGGCUGCUAUUGUGAUCGGUGCCUGGAGGGCUCUUCUGGAUUUCCUAACUGCCGCCCCUGCCUUUGUAAUGGGUUCACGUCAUGCUUCAGUUGUGGAGGUUUUACAACUGGGAGAAACUGUGAAAGAUGCAUCGAUGGUUACUAUGGAAAUCCUUCUUCAGGACAGUCCUGCUGUCCUUGCCCGUGUCCAGAUGUUCCCUCAAGCAAUCAGCAUUUUGCCCAUUCCUGUUAUCAGAGUCCUUGGAGCUCAGAUGCAAUCUGCAAUUGUCUUCAAGGUUAUUCUGGUGUGCAGUGUGGAGAACGCUCUGCUGGUUUCUAUGGAAAUCCAAGAAUUUCGGGAGCCGCCUGUGGACCUUGUGCCUGCAAGCACGUUGAUGUAACUGAUCCAGAGUCCUGCAGCCCAGUCACGGGGGAGGACCUUAAAUGUCUGCACAACACUCAAGGCCCCAGCUGCCAGCUCUGCAGGCCAGGUUACUUUGACCCUCGAUCAGACCUAAAGUUGUUUGCAGGGGUUGUUGAUGCCAGCGUUAUCACGGAUUUACCCCCCAACGACGGCUCUGUGCUCCCAGGGUGUUCCUGUCAUCCUUCCGGCGUGAGUCCCUCUGAGUGUCCCCCUGGUGGAGGAGCUUGCCUCUGUGACGCUGACACCGGCACACGCCCUUGUAUGCCCAACGUCACAGGCCGGGCCUGUGACCAUCGUGCUGAUGGAUGCUGGAAUGUCAUCGCCGGCAGACGAUGUCAGCCAUGGGAUCGUGAGCCCUGGACCUCACUCAGUAGACACUGUGACCAGCUUACAGGCCAGUGUCCGUGUAGAUUAGGCUAUGAUGGGAAACGCUGCAGUGAGUGUGAGGAAAAUUAUUAUGGGGAUCCCCUGGGGCGAUGCAUUCAUGAGUAUUGGUAAUUCUGAAAACCAUGUGACUGCAACGGGAAAGAUUCCCAGAAGCACAUCUGUGACCAGGACAUGGGCACGUGUCACUGCCGAGAGGGUGUUAGCGGCCCACGAUGUGAUCGCUGCGCCCAGGGUCACAGCCAGAAAUUCCCUGCUUGUCUUCGGUGUCACUUGUGCUUUGAUCCAUGGGACCACACCAUUUCUUCCCUCUCCAAAGCGGUGCAAGGGUUAAUUAGGCUGGCUGCUAACAUGGAAGAUAAAAGAGAGACCCUGCCUGUCUGUGAGGCCGACUUCAAAGGCCUCAGAGAGAACAUGUCUGAAAUAGAAAGGAUUUGGAGACAUCCUGUUUUCUCAUCUGGGGAAUUCUUAAAAGUCAAGGAUUAUCAUGACUCUGUUCGGAAAGAAAUCAUUCAACUAAGUGACCAGAGGAAAACAGUGUAUGAAUUUCAAGAUCUGAAAGAAAGAAGAGGAAGAACGAGGAAUAAAGUGAACCUCUUACUUGAAGAUCUUCAAGAAGAAAUUGAUUUGCACUCCCGUGCCCGUAAUGCAAGCAUCAUGGAUUCCUCAAAGAGCAUCAGGAAGUAUUACCAGAGCUCAUCUGCUGAAAAGAAAACUAAUGAAACUACUUCCAUCAUAGAUAACUCUAAAAAAAACAGGAAUGACUUACUUACCAUCUUAGAUACACUAACCUCAAAAGAAAACUUGUCAUUGGAGAAAUUAAAGCAGAUCCAGAUACCAGAUAUUCAAACAUUGCAUGAAAAGGUGUAUGGAGGAGGGAACAUGCCCUGUGUGCUCUUGUCCUGUGGUGGCCCGAGCUGUCCCGUCCUGACCCUCUCGAGGAACACCCUCCACAAAGCUCAGGAAGCAGAGUUCGUGAUUCGCAAUUUGAACAGCCAAGUUCAAGGGUUGAAAAAUCAGAUCAAAAAUAUAAGUAAACUGGCAGAAGUCUCCAAAAACAAUGCCUUACAGCUAAGUGAGAAACUGAGGAAUAUGAAAAAUCAAAGUGUAUCUGAAGAAGAAAAAAUGAGUCUUUUAAUCAAGAAACUGAAAAUGUUCUUAUUAGAGGAUAACGCGCCUCCAGAGGACAUAGAGAGGGUUGCAAAUCGUGUACUUGACAUCCACCUACCAGUAACAUCGCAAAAUCUGACCCAUGAAUUUGACAAAAUACGGAAACUUUUGCAACUCUGUGAGGACUACAGGACAGAGGAGAACAGGCUACAUACAGCAGCAGAUGGAGCCCGAAAGGUUUUGGUGAAGGCAAAAGCAGCUUAAAAAGCAGCAAAUGUUCUAUUAAAUCUCGACAAAAUGUUGAAUAAGUUGCAACAAGUUCAAAUCACUCAAGUACGGGCAGAUUCUACCAUCACACAGCUGACUGCCCAGAUAACAAAAAUAAAAAAGAACGCACUGCAGGCUGAAAAUCAGGCCCGGGAGACUGAGCUGGAUUUAGCAAAGCAACAGUCAGCGCUGGAGGGUGGACUUGCCCGGCUGCAGACCAAGUUGCAAAGGAAUAGAGACGAGGCCGUCCGUGUGGGAGCUCAGGCUGAAUCGGCCCAGCGCCAGGCUGGGGGCCUUGAGGAGGAGCUUGUUGAGCUACAAUGUCGAUAAGCUAUUCUUCAGCAUAAGACAAGCGCGCCAGGACUGACAAAGGAAACCUUAGGGAAAAUGAAACAGCUAAGAGAUGGCAAACUGGCUGCAGAUACAGAGGACAAGAUAAGAAGAAUAACAGAUUUAGAAACAAAGAUCCAAGCUUUGAAUCUAAGUAGACAAGAAAAAGCUGAUCAGCUGAAACAGUUGGAAGGUCAAGUCAUUGCCAUUAAAAAAGAAAUUAUUGAGCAAGAAAAUAAAUAUGCUACCUGCUACAGUUAG